UCGGCGCUGCGGGGAUCACUCGUUGAUGUGAGGACUGACGAAGCUAACGAUGCCUGAUCCCGUGAAAGCGCCGAAGAAGGGCUCAAAGAAAGCCGUCUCUAAGAGCGUCACCAAGACCGGCAAGAAGAAGAGGAAGACCAGGAAGGAGAGCUACGCCAUCUACGUGUACAAGGUGCUGAAGCAGGUGCACCCCGACACCGGCAUCUCCUCCAAGGCCAUGGGCAUCAUGAACUCCUUCGUCAGCGACAUCUUCGAGCGCAUCGCCGGCGAAGCCUCCCGCCUGGCUCACUACAACAAGCGCUCCACCAUCACCUCCAGGGAGAUCCAGACCGCCGUCCGCCUGCUGCUGCCCGGGGAGCUGGCCAAGCACGCCGUGUCCGAGGGCACCAAGGCCGUCACCAAGUACACCAGCUCCAAGUAGACCCGCUCCGACUACACCACCGCAACACAAAGGCUCUUUUCAGGGCCGCCCACUCACUCACCUGAGAGCCGCUUUCCUGCCGCCAUGUUUUUAUCUGUUUCAGCUUCUCACUGACAUUUACAAGCUGCACAGCUAUAAUGCACCGGAAACAGCUGAGACUGUAGCUGGGUAAAGAUGCCAUCUGCGCACCCUUUUAUGUACAAUACCUAUUAUUUAUAUUAAAGCUAACAGCGCCACCUGCUGUUCAGACUUAAGAACAUCCACAGAAACACCAUGUGUACUGUUAAUUAAAAGUAGGUGAACAGAAAACAUGAUGUAUCCUUGCACUAUUUAAAAGGGAAAUAUUGAAGUGUGUGUAUAUAAAAUCAUGAACAUAAUGUAUACAUAAUACAGUAUAAUAAGGUGGAAUGUACUAAUACUGCAGGCCCCUUUUAUAUAGUCUUAAUUAAAUGACUAUAAUCUUUUCUAUCCAUUACUGUGUGAUGAUCGAACAAUACACAUAUUAAAGUCUGUAGUGAGGAUCAUGACAGCUUUUUUACAAAUGCAGUAAGAAAAUAAAUAAAGCCCAUACUUCA